CGACUAAAAAGAGGAAAAUAAGCAGACGAAAAUGAGGGAAAGCCGAGCGCCAGCGGAGAAGGCGAGGAGGCGCGGAAACGCGGAGACUACAGCCCCCAGAAUCCCUUGCGGCCCCUCAUCCCCAGGCGCCAGUCUCCUAGACAACCUCGGUAAACAAGAUGGCGACCUCCGGGUGUCAUCCCCAGUCUCCCAGGAUUUGCGAUCUCCUGGGAGGCCUGUACAGUUCACGAACUGGAGCCCGGUCGAUACAGUUGCCCUCAGAGAAACAGAAGCACGUUUCGUCGUCUUCUUUUCCCAUGGGGCAGAAGCCGAAAGGUACUUUCCACAAAGCCUCCCACCUGCUUCAGCAGCUCAUUCACCGCUAUCCGGAGUCGGACGCGGAAGAGUACGAGGGCGAAGUAGAAUACGAGGAGUCUUCAGAGUCCGAAAUGCUGAAGCUGGAGGAGGAAUUUGAUGGGGUCCUGACAGAGAAGGCAGUGGCCCAGGCACUCCACAAAUUGGGGCGCUCAGGCUCUGGGACUGAGCAGGUCUACCUCAAUCUAACUUUAUCAGGUUGUGAUUUAACUGAUAUUAGCAUUCUCUGUGGAUAUGUUCACCUACAGAAGUUGGAUCUUUCAGUAAAUAAAAUUGAAGAUUUGUCUUGCGUGGGUUAUAUGCCUUAUCUUCUAGAACUUAAUGCGUCUCAGAAUAAACUGACUACUUUCUUCGAUUUCAAGCCACCUAAAAAUCUCAAGAGCGCAGAUUUUUCCUGCAACCAAAUUUCUGAAAUGCGUGAUUUGUCUUCGUACCAGGCUCUCACUAAACUAAUUUUGGACAGCAAUGAAAUAGAAGAAAUCAAAGGACUAGAGCUAUGCAUCAAUCUAACUCACCUUAGCCUGGCCAGAAACAAGAUCACAUCAAUUAAUGGCUUGAGCAUGUUACCAAUCAAAAUACUUUGUCUGAGUAAUAACCAGAUUGAGAAGAUCACAGGUUUGGGAGACCUGAAAGCACUACAAAACCUGGAUCUGUCCCACAAUCAGAUCACGAGUCUCCAAGGCUUAGAGAAUCAUGAGUUCUUGGAAGUGAUCAACCUGGAGGACAAUAAGGUUUCUGAGCUGGGUGAAAUAGAAUGCAUUGCAAAUCUACCUCUCCUUCGAGUUCUAAAUCUUCUAAGAAAUCCAAUUCAGGAAAAAUCUGAAUAUUGGCUCUUCGUAAUUUUUAUGCUACUACGAUUAACAGAAUUAGAUCAGAAGAAGAUUAAAGUGGAAGAAAAGGUUGCUGCGGUGAAUAAAUACAACCCUCCCCCUGAAGUGGUGGCAGCCCGAGACCACCUGACCCACAUUGUAAACAGCAUGAUGCAGCCACAGAGGAUCUUUGACAGCACCCUUCCUAGUCUGGAUGCCCCUUAUCCCAUGUUGAUAUUAGCUGGUCCUCAAGCUUGUGGUAAACGAGAACUUGCCCAUCGCCUCUGCAGACAGUUUAGUACUUACUUCAGAUAUGGGGCCUGCCACACCACAAGACCUCCUUACUUUGGAGAAGGGGAUCGAGUUGAUUAUCAUUUUAUCUCUCAAGAAACUUUUGAUGAAAUGCUAAGUAUGGGGAAAUUCAUUCUAACAUUUAAUUAUAGUAAUCACAAUUAUGGAUUAAAUAGGGAUACCAUAGAAGGCAUCGCAAGAGAUGGUUUAGCAAGCUGUAUUCAUAUGGAAAUAGAAGGUGUAAGAAGUUUGAAAUGUUCCUAUUUUGAACCUCGAUACAUCCUGGUGGUGCCCAUGAAUAAGAAAAAAUAUGAGGGGUACUUGCGGCGAAAAGGAUUAUUCAGUCGUGCAGAGAUUGAAUGUGCUGUCUCCAGAGUAGACCUUUAUAUUAAAAUUAAUCAGAAAUUUCCAGGAUAUUUUGAUGCAGUAAUCAAUGCAGAUGAUCUGGAUGCUGCCUACCAAAAGCUGAGUCAGCUUAUUAGAGAAUAUCUUGGAUUGACUGAGGAAUCUGCCAAGGGUUUGGCACCAACUGCAGGAGCUGCCUCUAGUAAGAAGACUCUCUCUGGGGUACCAGCACACCUGGUUCCUUCCCCAAGGCGCUUGGCGAAACUGCAAGCAGAUGGUCAGAUAACAGAACAUUUCUCUGGAAUGCAGACGCAGGCAAAGGUGCCUGAAGAUCAGAACCUGGCUCAUUCCCAGAACCACGAAUUGAAUCAGGAGGGAGAAACCCAUAAAAGAGAGCUUUCUCUCAAUAGCCAUGCCAGUUCUGAGCCUCCUCAACAGCCCAGCUCAUCAGCACUUGAUAUUCCCCAGCAGACCCAAGACUUAUCCCCAAACCAGAAGGUAGAAGAUGUCCAACAAUCAGAUCUUUCUCCAAAAACAUUGACCAAUAAGACAGAUUUCCCUGAAAAUGAGACCCUGUCAUCUGAGGUGAAAGCAAGUGAAGCAGGGCCGUCCUCUGCCUCUCCUUCCCAAGCGUCUCCACAGCAACCCGAAUCACUGCCAGCCCGCGACCCUCAGCCGGACCAGGAUGAGGAAUCGGGGGAGGCCAAAGUGCUCCCUACCAAUCCCCCUCCAUCCGAACCUCCACAGGGGCCUGGCCCAACUUCCCUCAGUCCUCAGAUAACUCAGGAUGAGGAAACUGAGUCGGCCAAACUUCCGCCCAGCAGUUCUUCUCAUCACAGUCCUCCACAAGAUCCUUCCCACCCUGACUCAGCAAAGGAACUUGAGCCAUCUCUGGGAGAUUCUCAACAACCUCUAAAUAAAGAAAACUCCCAAACAGAAGUUGUCCGGGUCAGUACUCCUUACCCAGAAUUGUCACCUCCCCAACACUUAUCAACGAAUACAACACAGAUGCAGGGCAGGGAAGACCCCAUGUCUUUGCUUCCUCAGAGCCAUUUGGCUCCCACCAGGCUGCCGCAGCCUCAGACACUCGCUCCCCUCCAGAGUAGGAGGCCCACACCCAAACUCCUCUCACCCAGCAGGGAAGAGGCUUCAGGAACAGCCUCUGACCAAAACUUGACUCCCUCUCCCAGGCUUCUGCUAUCUCAGGAAGGAGACACCAAUAAACUUCCUCCCAUCAGCCUUCCCCACACCAAACCUCCAGAGAAUCUGAGCCCCAAUCCCGCCCCAAAUCCUCAGCAAGUCCAUAAAGUCAGUGAGGUGAAACUCCCUCUUAUCAGUCCUCCCAUCCAGGAACAAGCACCACAGCACAGUCCCAAUCCGUCCCAAGAAGAGGAGGCACAGAAAAUUAAGCUCCCUCUCAUUGCUACUCCUUUCACAGAACAACAGCUGCAUCAGAACACAGAGGUUCAGCAUAAUUCAAGGCCUGCAAAGGAAAGGAAAACUCCUAACGUAGGCCACUCCUCCAGCAGGAAGAUUCCAGAUAUGCUGGCUUCACCUCAAAACCAAGAGCCAAUGCAGCAGACAGGAGCUAGAAAAAAAAAACUCCGUAUCCAAAAUGAGACAGCUAAAGGACCACCACAUCUGAAAAAGGUGCCGCCUGGACGCCAUCAGACAGCUUUGCAGAUAGAAUCCCAUAGUAAGCAGACUGCCAAAAAGGGCCUUGAUCGUCAUAACUCCAGCCCUACUCUGAGUCCUCAGAGGAACCAGAGAAGAAAAGUCCAUAAACAGGAAAUUCCUGAUCCACCCCACGCUGAAACACUGCCUAACAAUAGCGAAUUACAGGGAGAGAAAAGUGAAAAAGUCCAUCAUUCCAGAAAAAAGGUCCAUACCAGCCUCCCCCAAAAUGACCAGGUUCAGAAUGUGAGUGUGUCCAAAAAAGAAACAUCUUUGAAAAGAGAGAUUUCUGUAAGAUUAUCUGAAGAUAAUAACUCUACUCUUAGUGACGACCAACCAAGUCAAGAGGGUCAACUCCCACACAAGAGACCUCACCAGAGUAAAAAGGCCUCUCCAGAGUCAGUACAGGAGAGCUCUGCUCCUGUGGAAGGUCCAGUGAGAAAAGAACUGGUUCAUGAAAAAGAAAGUUCUCAGAAGACAAAGACUUCUGAGCCCACAGAGCAGGAAAGCAUUGUCCCCACCCAGCAGCCAGUAAAAGAGACACAAGCCCAUAGGGGGACUAGUCAGACCAGAGAGAGCUCUGUCCAAAGGGACAAUGCAGUUGUGACCAAGCAGCAACCCAAAGAGAGACGGACCCGAAAAAAUGGAGGGAUGCCAGAGGACAAAAACCCUGCCACUCCUCAGAAUCAAUUGUCUGCUGAGGAGCAGGGCAACCAGAAAGGAAGAUUGCGUGCCAGGGGCAGUCAGAGCACCAAGAUUUAACCCAUUCCUGAAGCCAUCAGGUCGUUUACAUCCGUGAACUCCUGAAGUGGUGCUGUCACGUAAUGAAAGGCUAGGGCUAGGGUUAUGAUAUUAUACAGUGGCUUUCUCUGCAACCUCAAGUCAGCACAGGUGGAGUGGCCAUGAGGUCCAGCCAUUGGAUUCUUAGAAGGCAGCCAAUCUUUGCACUUCUGUGCCUCUUUUGUGGCUAGCCAUUAUAGCCUGGAAAAGCAAUUCCUGCAGAAAGAUGCAGCAGCAAGCAGUUCCUCUGAUGGGCCAGUUUUGAAGGGUAGUGUCAGCAAGGAACCUUUGUGUCCAGACAUGAAUUCCAACAUGAAUUCCAACUCUAGCUUAAGCAGUGUCAGUGUCGUAUUGAAUUAAAUUUUGUUCUAUUCUUUAGGAAAAUCCACUUCUAGAUUAGAAAAUUCUUUUAUGCCUUUAUGAGGGGUUCAGAAGCAAAAAGAACUCUGAGAAAGGAAGGCUUUGCUCUUUCCAGGUCUUGGUCUCUCCCACAGAGAUUUCAAAUCCACAGUUAAUCUGUGGGAAUCUUCUGAAGAGAAGAGGACAAGUUCUUUACUUGCAUGACAUUGUGAUUGAAUGCUUCAGAUUUGCAUUGGUAUAUAGUGCCUGAAACUUGAUUUUGUUUGAAAUGUGUUUCAAACUGAAUACCUUCCUUUUCUCUCUGAAUAGGAAUCUUAUGUAAAUUAUACCACUCCUUCAUUAUGCCAGACCAUCUGGUUGAGUCAGUUAAAAGAACUAGUGGGGAAAAAAUGGAGGCAAAUCAGUUUUUCAUUUAUCUAUUCAUACUGUCAGGAUUCUUUUGCUUGCCAGUGACAAGGAGUCCAACGUGAGCCAGCUUAUGUGAAUUUAUUAGCAGGGAGUAGAAUAUCUCACACAGCCAAACUAUGGCAAGGGCAGAGGUGCAGCUGGGCCUCAGAGGGACUGGGAGCCAGUUAUGGAAUAUAACAGAGCUCUCAUCAUCUCCUGGACGUUGUUGUCUCCAAGAUUCUCGUCAUUUCUCGGGCUCUCAUCAUAUCCAGAAUGCUCAUAAUUCCCAGGUCUCUUGUUAUCUCGUGGACUCUUGUCAUCCCCAGGACUCCCAUUGUCUCCAGGAUGCUCAUCAUCUCCUGGACUUUCAUCAAAUCCAGGAUUCUCAUCAUCUCCAGGACUCUAAUCGUCUCCAGGACUCUCAUCAUCUCCAGGAUUCUCAUCAUCUCCUGGACUCUUGUCAUUUCCAGGACUCCUAUCAACUCCAGGACUAUCAUCAUCUCCAGUACUCUUGUCAUCUCCAGGCCCUUGUCAUCUUCUGGACUCUUUUCUAGGACUCUCAUCAUUUCUCAUCUCUUUGUUUUUCUCCACACUGUGUUCAUUUUUUUUGAAUACAAAUGACUAAAUAUCAGUUUCCACACACAGUAGGGAACUUGGCCACCAACAGAUCUCAGAUUUAACAUCUGGCAGUUCUGACUACUAGAAAAGGAUUAACUUGCAUGUUCUUCACUCCUAAGAUUAAAAAAUAAUCCGAGGGAAAGGCUCUGAUUGAUCCAGCUUGGUCAGGUGCUCAUUCGUAAACCAUCUACUGUGGCUGGGGGAAAGCGUCACAUUUAGACACCCAUUGGUCCCACUCAUGUAUGGAGGUUGCAUUCCAAGAAAAGAGAAUAAUUGUUACCAGAGCAACCAAUUCAAGAAUCGGCCCUUAAAAUGUAACACAUAUUUAUUGAGCACUUACCAUGCUAAACUGUAAUUUGGCUGUACUGUUAAAAUGUAGUUGAUGACUAACUUUCAAGUGUUUAGUGGGUAUUGGUGGUGUACCAGUAGUGUGUCUGAGGCUGGGACCUGGGAAAAUACCAGUGAUUCCCAGGAGAAUGCUUUACUUAGGGGUGCAAAGCUAGCUAUCAGAAUGCUUGAUGAAUAAACCAUGUUCUAAAUGCCUUUAUGAAUGUGUCUUAUAUUACACAAAAGAUAUGUUUCCACCAAAUUGUGUCUAUGUCAAAUAUUAUUUUAAAUGCAGUAGAGGAUAUUGCUAUUUUUAAAAUCCAGGAUGUAGGAAUCCUCUUGUAAAAUUAAGAGCCUGUAUAAAGCUAGUAAUUACCCUCCAAUUUAAGAUUGGAGUCUUAAGGUGAAUUUUUAAACACAUAUCAUAACUUAUUUUUCUUACUAGUUCAUUCAUCCAUCAAGCAUUUAUUGAGCACUUCCUACAUGCCAGGCACUAUGGUAGUUGCUAGAUGUAUUGAGAUGAUUGAUGAUGACAUUUCAAGGAGUUCACUUUUUAUCAAGGGAGACAGAUAAGA